UUUAUCAAAGUUAGGUCAUUUACACAUGUUAAAGAAGUAAUCACGUUUAAAAAUAGUCGAAAUGGAAAAAUAUUUUAACAAUUGAAGACACUUAAUUUGUUUUAAAAAUAUUACGACAAUGGAACAUUCGAACUACAUGAUGGUCGCAGCUUUAGAUUUUGGUACAACCUAUAGCGGUUAUGCCUUCUCUUUUAGGAACGAUUUUGAAACCGAUCCGUUAAAAAUACAAGCAAAUCCAGUAUGGAUGACUGGAAGUUCUCAAUUUAUGUCACUUAAAACUCCAACCUGUCUCCUAUUAGACAAAGACCAAAAGUUUGUAGCAUUCGGAUUCCAAGCAGAGAAUAUGUAUGCAGAGUGUGUAUUGGACGAACUGCAAGAUGAUUUUUAUUAUUUUCAUCGUUUUAAAAUGUACCUGCACAGCAAUAAGAACAUUACAAGCACGAUGGUUUUGGAAGAUAUAACAGGAAAGACUCUGUCGGCUUUCGAUGUUUUCAAAUUGUCUAUAAAAGCUCUAGUAAACCAUCUAUUGGAAACUUUAGACAAACAAGGGACUGGUGUAAAACAUGAAGAAGUUCAAUGGGUCCUUACUGUUCCUGCUAUAUGGACAGAUACAGCUAAACAGUUCAUGAGGUCUAGUGCUGAGGAGGCUGGUAUAAACCCCGAUAAACUAAUUCUUGCACUUGAACCAGAAGCAGCAUCUAUUUUAUGUCAGUAUUUACCAAUUACCAAGUCUGAAAUGGGAUUUACAAUGUCUAAGAUAGGAACAGAAUAUAUGGUUGUUGAUCUAGGAGGAGGUACUGCUGAUAUUACUGUCCAUGAGAAGGUAGAGAAAGAUCAACUCAAAGAAAAACACCGAGCUACAGGAAGCAAUUGUGGCGGAACGUCGGUAGACAACAGAUUUUUUAUUUUGCUGGAGAAUAUAUUUGGUAAACAGUUGAUGGAAUCACUAAAGAAAGAGGAUCCAUUGGCUUAUUUGGACAUCGAGAGAGGAUUUGAAGCUGCAAAAAGGAAUAUCGACCCCAACAAUAAAGUUAAAGUAACAAUGACUAUUCCAUUUACAACUCUUGAUAAAUUAUGCAAAGAAAUCAACAAUAAAGGGCUGGAAACAUUAGUGAAAGCUUCAGAUUAUGCAAACGAAAUUAAGCUACAUGGUGACAAAAUACGCUUUAAUGUUGGUUUAAUUAUAAAUUUAUUCCAGCCUUCCAUUGAUAGUGUUAUAUCAUUGAUGAGGGAGGUUCUUAGUACAAAAGGGGUCACUCAUUUCCUAAUGGUUGGAGGGUUUUCAGAAUGUAACUUAUUACAAAAUGAAAUCCGCAAAUCCUUCCCUGGGAAACGAAUUAUCAUACCAAAGGAUGCUGGAUUGUCUGUUUUGAAAGGGGCUGUGUUAUUUGGUCAUCGUCCCGAUUAUAUCAAAUCACGAAUAAUGCCUAGAAGCUAUGGUGUAAUGACAAGCCUUCUUUUUGAUUCACGGAAGUUUGACGAGAAAUACCGUGUUGUUAUGGAUGGCGAGGAAAGAUGCGACAAAAUAUUUUCCUUGAUUGCUUCAGUAGACGACAGCGUAGAAGCUGGGACAAAAGUUGAGAAGUCGUAUUUUACUCCAUUCCCUAAUCAAGAAAAGAUGGACUUCAAUGUUUACGUUUCGACCGAAGCUAAUCCAUGCUAUGUCGACGAAGAAGGCUGUAAACAUCUGUGUACGCCCACAAUAGAAUUCCCAGACAUUUGUCCAGACAAACGUUGGGUUGACGUAGAAUUCGAACUCGGAAACACGGAAAUCAAAAUGAUUGCCAAAGACAGGAAAUCAGGAAAACAAAUUAAGGCACAGAUCAACCUUCUCCACCCAUAAUAUUUAGACAGAUAAUGCAAAUGAGACUUCUGUCUCUUUCAAAUAUUCAAUUCUCAAUUUUUAAUUAAUUAUUCAUAUACAUAAUCUGUUUUAUUUGUAGUACGUAUUAUAUGGUAAGUUAGUAAACGUCAUGCAUAUACUUAUAAAAACUCAUUGUGUUUCUGUACUUACAAAGCCAUGACGGGUAACUCUACAUUAA